AUAUUCGACUGGCUGCGCAUGCUGUACCGCCGCAUGUCCUAUGUGGUCAAGCAGGGCUCGGCGCACUCCGACGCCUUCCUCUCGACGGUGGGAAUCCUGGCGGGCGACUCCGCCUCUCCCGGGCUGUGGAAUUUAUAUUUCUCUGACCUGGACAUCCCACCUCGGGCUGGAGACGUCUUCUUGGAUGGCAUCUGCGUCUCCCACGUGGAGCAGGCCGACGACGUCGCGCUCUUUUCCAUGGCAUGGAGGGACCUACAAAUGCAUGUGGAUACUUUCAGCGCCUGGUGCAAAUUCAACUUCGUCGUCAUCAGCACGACGAAAACCAAGUGCAUGGUCUUCGGAGGUCCCGCAGAUGCGGACUAUGUCAUCAACGUGGAUGGCGUCCCCUUGGACAUCGUCACCUCCUACAAGUACGUCGGCGUGACUAUACGCUCCGACCAUCGGAAUGUGUUUGCUACGCAUUAUGUCAUCAAGGCGAGCAAGGGAACGAGUGUUGGAAGAGCGGCUUUUUCGGUCGAAAGCAUCGUCGGUACCCUACCCGUGCGCGACGGGAAGACCAUAUACCUCGCACGUGUGGACCCGCAUCUCACUGCCGGGUGCGAGGUCGUCCUAGACAUGGACCCCGACGCGCUCAAGCUGCUGGUCAACUCACAGACCUCAUUCAUACGGAGGCUCUUUGGAGUCGGAUCACAGUCCAUCCUCGCGCCCCUACAUACGGAGACAGGAAUUCUACCAAUCGCAUUUCGGCGGCUACUGCUGGCGCUAGGCUACCUUCGUUACCUCCUUAGCCUCCCCCCAACACACUUGGCUGGUGCUGCUAUGCGCGACUCCAUGGCUCUCGCGAGCGCAUCGAGACCGGGGUGGUUCAAUGACCUGCGCAUAAUAGUCGGCCGCCUAUGCCCGGCCCUCACCCACGUGUGGGAGCGUCUGCGUUACCUCGAUGGCGUUGCAACCCUCAUCAAUGGCGUCGAGAGUACAGCGGGCGACAGACUCCGACAGGACCUGAGGACCGAUCACCGGCUGGUACUGCUGCAGGGACAAGGCGCAUUGGGUGGGAGUGGACCGUUGCCAAAGACACAUCGGUCCUACUUGGACGUGCACAUCCCCGCGCACCGGAAGGCGCUCACUCGCCUCAUGCUGUCAGAGCACCCGCUCGCAAUCGAACAAUUGCGACGCGUUUCGCGAUAUCGACCACGAUUCGAUCGCGACCUUCGCAUCUGCCGGCUGUGUCGGUCCGCGGUGGAGGAUGAGGUCCACGUUCUCCUGCAUUGCGAUGGUGACGACGACCUAGUGCAGCUCCGUGGUGAGUUGCUUGCAGGAUUACAAUGCUCCAUGCCGCGGUUAGAGCAGACAUACGACAAGGAGUUCAUACAGUCCGUUGUGGCAAGACCGCCUGCCGCUAUCGCCUCCUUUGCUCGUUUCGUCCACCGCGCUUUCCUGCGUGUAACCGCUACACCUUUGCUGCUACCGAACAAUGCGGACGUUUGACGUGGACUGGGAUAUCAGAGCGUAUGCGAUCGUGGUGUUCUGCCAGGUAGACAUUGGCUCGCAGUCUACUAGGGCGGAUAGGGCUGGCUCUGUUUAGGGCCCUCGCCUGAGAAGUCAUCUACCUACCUACCUACCUACCUUUGCU